UCAGAUCUUGUCCGCGGCGAUUUGAUCUUGUCGGCGGCCGCGGACACCGGGUAAUUUUAACUACCCCACCGCCACCGUUUCAAAAUCAGCUUCCCCUUCUAUUUAAAGUUUAAACUCAUCGUUAAAUCGAAUCCACAACCAGAACAGAAUGGAGACCAUCGAGCACACCACCGUCAAAACCAACGGCGUGAAGAUCCACGUGGCCGCCGUGGGAAGCGGGCCGCCGGUGCUCCUCCUCCACGGGUUCCCGGAGCUGUGGUACUCGUGGCGGCACCAGAUGGUGUACCUGGCCUCCGCCGGGUACCGCGCGAUCGCCCCGGACCUCCGUGGGUACGGCGACUCGGAGGCGCCGCCGUCGGCCGGCGCGUACACGGCGCUGCACAUAGUGGGCGAUUUGAUCGGGGUUCUGGACGACCUGGGCAUCGAGAAGGUGCUGUUGGUGGGCCACGAUUGGGGGGCUUUAAUUGCAUGGUAUUUUUGUCUCUUCAGACCCGAUCGGAUCAAGGCGCUGGUGAAUUUGAGCGUCCAGUUCUUCCCCAGAGAUCCCACCACGCCGUUUAUUCAAGGCUUCAAAGCUGCUCUUGGGGAUCAGUUAUAUAUGGUCAGAUUUCAGGAACCUGGAAAGGCAGAGGCAGAGUUUGCGACGGUGGACAUAAGAGAGUUUUUUAAGAACGUCCUCUCCAAUAGGGACCCACGUGCUCCAUAUUUGCCCAAUGAGGUCUUGUUCGAAGGGGUCCCGCCGCCGUCGCUUGCCCCGUGGCUAACGCCGGAGGAUAUCGACGUUUACGCCGCCAAGUUCGCCCAGACUGGCUUCACCGGCGGCCUCAAUUACUACCGAGCUUUUGACCGAACUUGGGAGCUGACGGCGCCGUGGACGGCGGCGAAGAUUCGCGUUCCGGUGAAGUUCAUAGUGGGGGAUUUGGAUCUGACCUACCAUUUUCCAGGAGCUCGGGAGUACAUCAAUGGCGCCGCCUUCAAAAACGACGUCCCUGGUUUGGAAGAAGUGGUUGUAAUUGAAGACGCUUCCCACUUCAUUAACCAAGAAAAGCCCCAUGAAAUCAACUCCCACAUCCAUAAUUUCUUCAAGAAAUUUUGUUAAAUCAUAUCAUGCGUCUCUGUUUUUGUGUGUUUUCAUUGGUGAUGGAUUCUCUCCAACUUUUCUACAAUAAGGAUCGAGAAAGGGAAUAAAGUACUUCGGCCCAAAUUUGCUUGAUAUAUAUUAAUUAAAAUAUCGCGGGUUCGAAUACCACUUUCGUA